UUCCGCCCUCAUCACCUCUUCACUCCAUUAUCUCCUUCUAUCCCCCAUGACCUCAACCGACCAAAAACGCCGCGACACCCUCGCCCGUCUGCCUCACUUUGAGCUCACGCGUGUCCUCGACGAAGAUCCUGGCUCGAAGUCUGCCAUAUUGCUUGGGACGCUGCCUGCUGUUGUCGACGGAGAGACUACGCCUUCUACAGAUACUGUUCGACAGCUUGCUAUUAUCACCCUGAGCAAGACGCACAUACCGUCUAGUGUCUUGUCAGAAGGACAGCCGUUAUUCGCACCUGCGGCAGGUGAAGCAAUCAGUCCAGCGCUAGCAUCCAUCGACAUCGGCACCUUGCUAGUCGAGGAGAGUACUGAUAUCUAUACAUGGAUGUUCGCCUCCUUCGCCGAUGACAAGGCGGGAUCGCACAAAUAUCGCGAUGUGAAAAUCACUCUGAUCUUCCCCGCCACGGAGGCGCACAUUCGCAAGUACACCAGGCAAAAGUACACCAUGGUCAGGGAGACGCCCGAGACGUAUGCAAACAUCGUUGAGCCCUACAUCUCGAGCAUUCCGAAAAGUCGUACGCAGUGGGUGCUGGACAUCCUCGAAGGUCGCGCCGAGCAAGAGAAGGUCCUCUACAACUGCCCGGACUUCAUCCUCGUCCCCGACAUGAAGUGGGACCUCACCACCAUCUCCUCCAUCUACAUCUGCGCCAUCGCACGGGUAGAGGGCCUUCGAAGCCUUCGCGAUUUGCGCGGCGAACACAUACCCUUGCUGAAAGGCAUUCAGCGAGAGGCUACACGCGUCGUCGCCGAGAAAUGGCCUGCCGUUGGCGCGGGAGGCUUGCGGAUGUUCAUCCACUAUCAGCCGACGUACUACCACUUCCAUGUCCACAUCGUGAAUGUGAAUGGAGGCGAGUUGAUAGCCAGGAUGGCGAUAGGAACUGCUCAUCUGCUCGACGACGUGAUAUCUAUGCUGGAGGUUCAGCCAGAUAUCUACGCCCGUACUACCCUCACAUAUUCGCUUGGAGAUCAACACGGAUUGUACACGGCGUUAUUGGCCGUCGCAUGAAAAUCCAUAGUGCUGCUUCGGAAUUGAAUGCUAUUGACAUCUUUCAUCCUCUU